CUCUUCCACUCGCAAUCAUCCUUGUUCAGACGGCAUAAUGACUCCCUAGACAAGAACCACGACUCUGAUACGCAUCGCCCCACACGCCACCUCAAGCUCUUGCAUUUCACACAUUACGAACACUACCUACAUAAGCCCCGGCCCCAGUGACCUUCCCCCCCGACCCAUUCGCAUGUCGCCAGCAACAACAUACCUGUAACAACGCCAGCACCACCAACGCAACCCACGCGCCAUGUGGUUCCCCUCAUUUCUCACGUUCAACCUCCCCUCGCUACCCUCGAUAUCUCUGCCGGCCAACAUCCAGCGCCGCUUCCUGUCCUAUGUGCUACGACGCGCGUUGGGGCGCUUCGUCGUCUCGUCCUCGCUCGACGUAGAGCGGAUACAGGCGCAGAUAAGCCAAGGAUGGGUCGAGAUUGAGCGCUUGGAAAUCGACACGACGGAGAUAAACGACCUCAUUCCAGAUUCACUCCCGUUCACGGUGACCUCGGGCGAGGUGGCAAAGGUGUUUGCUCGCGUGCCAUUCCCGAACCUAUGGUCCGACCCGCUCUCUCUGGCUGUCGAAUCCUUGACUCUGGAAGUUACGGUUUCGCCCUCUCCUUCGCAAGGCAAGUCCACUCUUGCCAACCUACCCCACCUUGGCCGUUCAGAGCUCAAGCAUUCGCACCACCCCAUCGACCUAGCGAGCUCGGUCACCUCGGCAGCCGACGACUUUGUCCACGAUGAGCUCGACGCGUUCGAGGGUGCCGAGCUCGACAGGUCUAUCCGUGAGAGCUUGAUACUCUCCCACACGGACCCAUUCUCCCGCGAGGCGCUGCCCGGUGGCUUUCCCUCGGCUGGUGGCGGCUCCAGCCGGCGGCAGAGCGAGCCUGAAGCGAACCCACUCCCCGAGCAGGUGGAGAGCACGACCGUUCUUACUGGUCUGGUGGAACGUAUCCUCUCUCGCCUCCAGAUCAACGUCAAGCAGGUCCGCGUACGGCUGCGGUAUGAGGACGACCAGCAUGGUGGCAUUGUCGAGCUUCGACUAGGCGAGGUGGCGUACGCCGAUCAGACCCCCGAGGCUUCAACCGAGCCUCGCAAGACGGUCAGAGCUGUCACUGUGUCAUCUGUUGGCGUGUACCUCCUUCCGCUCCCCAAGCCGCAGGCAGAGCAGAGGCAGCCGCCAGUACUGCGCCCCUUUCCUGUCGCGCGCACACCGUCUACCGCAUCGUCGUCGUCCUUGUCGUCGGACGAUAGCAGCGACCAGUUCCAUUCCAUGGCCAUGUCGCAGGCUGUGGCCGACCUACGAGAGAGCGUGAUCGUACCGCCUACGGAUAUCCGGUCCAGUCGAUUGAGCGCGCCUGCUCCUUCGGAUCUGAGGUUCAGCACCAUGACGGCUGCGUCUGGACGGAGCAUCUACCACAGCGUGUACGCCGACGCGGAAGGAGGUCCUGAUGAUGAGUCUGUGGCUUCGACUACCCUCCCGCCUGAUCCAUGGAACGUCCCUCUUCCAGAGUCUCGCAUCGAGCUUCCGCCUCCGGCACCACCUUCAGAUUUGCGGGCCAGCACCAUGACGACCGCGUCGAGUCGAAGCAUCUAUCACAGCGUGUACACUGAUGCCGAGGGGGGUGAGGACGUGUUCAGGAGCACGGCGUCGCUACCGCCUGAUCCUUUCAACAUCCCGCUUCCAGAAUCGCGCAUCGAGCUGCCCGCAGAAUCACGCAUCGAGCUGCCUGCAGAAUCGCCAGCCUCGCCAGACUUCGAGCCCGUCGAGGACGUGCCACCAUCACCGGUCAUUGCGGCGCCAGUGCCACUGCGGGCAGCUACGCCGCCGCGGCCUCGCACACCGCCAUUUCAACAGCCGCCUGCAGCAGCUCCUCCGAGGUCUCUUUACGACUCGCACCCUGCGGACAGUUACGCCUCGGAGCGCACGAGCCGGACGGCGACUCCAACGCCUGCAGCCGAGCCUGAAGAGCCAACAGAAACCCUCCUGUUGUCAUUUGGAUCAGAGGAUAUUGUGCUCAAGCUGACCACGACCUACCCUCCAACUCCUCAGCCCGGGUCACCCCCGCGCGCCCCGGCUCCCCAGGUUAACCCGCUCCCUGCUGUGGACAUCGAUCUCUCGAUCGGCACUGUGUCGGCAGUGAUUCUUCCUCGGCACGCAGCCUUCCUUCUUGCUCUCGCACAGGCGGCAGCUCCACCAUCGCAGUCCCCUCCUCGACAGCCAGAGCCUUCGUCAUCUGGUAAGACGGAUAAUCAGACCGGCCAACCUCGCCUGGACGCGAAGGUCCAUGUCAAUGGCGUUUAUCUUGCACUUAUUUAUGACUUGGGACGGCCAACAGACGAAUUCAGGGAGGCUGCUCAGCAGUUCUUCCAGAAGCCUGCCAACGUGAACCUGCCCAUGGGCCACUUGCGUCUACGACUCGAGGACAUUGCGGCGUCAUAUGCCGCACCUGGCUUCGUGCCUCAGGCUAGCCCGCGGAAGCGCCCCGACGGUCGAAAGAAGGCUUCCGUUGGGCCACAACCCCCUGUCGCGACUCUCACAGUUGGCGACAUCUCGCUCUUCGAGUACCUUGCGUCGGCGGAGACUGGCGACGACGAACCACCAGGCGGUUCCUUCCCAGUCCUCACCUUUGACGUCAACCUGUCACGGCAGUACGAGAUUCCACCAGGCGCAUCAUCGAGCCUCUCUUCAGCGCACAAGCGGUCGUCCGAUCUGUCUGCCUUUCCAGAGUUUGAGUCGAUCGACUGGCGAAACGCAAGUGUUCAGAAGAGGAGCAGCGAGAAAGUGUGGAAGGUCAAGCCCAAGGCCAAGGGAAUUCUUCGCAGCGCGAGUGGGUCGGAAGCACCGGCUGGCCCGGCGCUAUCAGUGCGCAAGCGCUUGGAUCACAGGGACGCGGCCGCGAUUGAGCUUCUCCCUGUCCACGCCUUCUUGGACCUGUCUCUUGUGGAGCGUCUCCUGCCACUCCUCCGCUCCUUGGCGCCUCUCGUGCAGUCAUCACCAAGCGAGCAUGCACCCACACCGACAUCGCUGCACGCUGGUCCCCGACCGUUCGUGCCGCUGCGGAGCGACUCGAUCAUCGACGAUUUGACUGCCACAUCCGCUGGGCGGCGGUCCAUCGAGGAACCACGCACCCUGCUGACGGUGCGCUGCCCGACGAUCCGUCUUGAUAUUCGCUGUCCUGCACCACCCGCCAGGCGCGGCUCUUGGGGCGACGGUGCACACCUGCGCUCAGGGAUCGUCACUAUAGACAUCCACGGUCUCCAGGCCAGGGUGGCACAGGACCCAGUGCAGGCGCCACCAGCUAGGAGACCCAGCAUUGGGGCAUUUGAGCAGCCCUCGGCCAAGGGAGGGAUCAGUCUCGAGUGGCAGAAGAUGGUGUUCUUGUUCAGCCGCGUUCCAGGUGCGGGCAGCCAGGCCAGGCUUGGACCCAAGCUGACUUUCACACCAGACAAGCGGUCAUCCGCGUUCUUGGUUAUUGGACCGUUAGCACCUGACCCAGGGGACGAAGAACUGCUGCUACCGUCAGUGUCGGUCAACUCUGAACUCGCGCCUGCUACUGGAGUCAAGACCCAGACAGUGUCCUGCAAGAUACCGUCUGUACAGGCCAAGAUUCGUCAGCCGACGGUCGAGGGCCUGCAGUUCUUCGCCGACGACAUCACGCAUUGGCUGGACGGAGCAUUUGGAGACGGCUCCGCGCCGAAACCUCGCGACGACCUCAAGAUGAUUGGCAGUCGCUUCUUUGGUUCUAAGGCGUCGUCGUCGGCUUCGAGUUCCGCUGUCGACGACGAGGACGACGAGUUGGCUGCUACCCUGCUCCGCGUUGUUGUCAGCGAAGUGGAAGUCGCCCUUCUUAUCCCCAAGGGUAAACAGCCUCCCAAUGCCGGCGGCUCUGAGCGAAUCGUUUCGCUGCAUGCCUCAGACCUGGACGUGAAGCUCGAGUCGAACAAGGUCAACAAGCAGGAAACGUCCAUCAUCCUGUCUGCCAUGGACGCCGACUUGUUCCAUCUAGAGGACAUUGGCGCUGAGCCCAGCCGUCUCUUUGGUCGUACCACCCCGUUGACCUUAACUACCCACUCUCAACCCUUAGUUCACCUCCGCUUCUCGUCCAUCACGCACGCCGAUCGCACCAAGGCGACGGGCAUCAAGCUGGCCGCUUCGGCGUGCACGGUCUUCGUGACGAAAGAUCUGGAAUGGGUACAGGAUCUUGCACGGUACGCAAAGACACCGGAGGGCGUGUUUGAGGAUGUCGUCCCAAGCGAAGUCACCCGGAUCCAGUUGAACCUCAACGACUGCAGUGCUCAUGUCUCUGCCCCGACGUUGGAUGGCGCCCUUCUCGUUGUCGCCAACGAUUUGGAACUGCGAACCGCACUUGAAAGCGACGCGGACGAGACGACCUUGGACCUCGGCCUCGCCGGUGUCAAUCUGCUCGCCAUUGACGACCUCGGAGCUGCUGGGCCGUUGCAAAUGGGUCACCCGUUCUCGCUCGAGGCAUGGAAACGCGCGGGAUAUGCCCAGCUGGUGGAGAUUGUGUCGAUGGACACUCAGAUUCUUCGCUCCAUGAUCCCACAAGAAAGCGUCCUUGUCGACGUCCUCGGCGCGACGGUGAGAGUAACGGCUUGUGCAGACUCGUUUGCGAGCCUCGGCGCGCUGGCAGGGGAUAUGAGCAAGCUGGUACCGGCCAAGCCUGUCACCAAGUCCUCUCCUCCUCCCCGCCGCCACAUGUCGCUCGAUCAGACGAUCGACGUGUUCGCUUCCGUGGACCUCGAAGCGUUUGGACAAGCGCCUGAAAUUGUGUCCGGCGCCGACAUGAUCGAGGACGAUCUCCCAACAAACCUCGACUAUCUUGACCACGCCGCCCGGCAGUCCAAGACGGGGCCGAAGGUUGAUCGUUCAACGGGCGAGUCGCUCCGCUCGUGGGAGAGUACGGAUGACGAGGUGCUCGUGCACGGCGAUGUACGGGGCGGCACAGUUCGAGUCAUCAUGACCGAACCGUUUGAGGAGGACGCCAACUACUGGAACACUCUUCCUGUCCUCAGCAACCAUGAAGACACACGAACCGGCAGGACUCGCGUCAGGGUUCAGAACUGCAGUGUAUCCGUCCUUCUGCACGACGGCUACGACUGGCAGAAGACACGCAAGGACAUUGAAGACGAGAUCAAGUCUGUUCGACGCCGUCUGGAGAAGAUUCGCCAGCUACUCGCUUCCGGUCAAAAGGCAGACGCAUCGAUUGAAAAGACAAGCUCGGUCCUCUUCAAUUCGAUUUACAUUGGUCUUGAUGGGAACCGGGGCGAUAUGGACUCGACGCAGCUGCUCGCGGCGAUCGAUGACGAGCUAGAGGACCUCGGAGCCGCGGAGACGGCCAGCCAAAGCAGCUGGCAGACAUUCCCCGAGGCUGGACCGGGGGCUCGUUCCUCGCCCGUGCCGACGAAGCGGUCUCAUGUCCGCCUGCACGGUAAGCGUCUGACACGGUCCAAGCGCGGACAGAUCGAGUUCUCACUCUCGGAUCUGCGCGCCGACGUCGAUAUCUACGGACCGGAGGAUCCGACCGCCUCACGUGUUCAUGUCACAGCCCGCUCGUUUGACAUUCUUGACCACAUCAAGACGUCGACAUGGAAGAAGUUCCUGACGGAGAUGAAGUCGGACUCGCGGGGCAACCUCCGCGAGACGGAUGCCGACAUGGUACGCUUGGAGAUUGUCACGGUGCGCCCUACAUUACCUGCCCCGGAUGAGGAGAUUCGCGUGAGGGCCAAAAUCCUCCCUCUCCGCCUGCAUGUCGAUCAAGAUGCUCUCGACUUUUUGAAGUUCCUCUUCAGCUUCCAGGCGCCACAGACUGCACCAGUUCCAGCCGAGGCUGAGCCGAAGAAGGAGCCAUUCUUCCAGCACGUGGAGAUCUUCCCGGUCGAGCUCAAGCUCGACUACAAGCCCAAGCGCGUCGACUAUGGUGCACUCCGCCAAGGACGCACCAUCGAGCUCAUGAACUUUUUCCACUUUGACGGGGCCGAGAUGACGCUACGACACGUAACGCUGUCGGGCAUCACGGGCUCGACGCGACUCUCCAACUUGCUCCAAGACAUUUGGACGCCCGACGUCAAGGCCAACCAGCUUGCCGACGUCAUUUCUGGCAUUUCGCCCAUCCGCUCUGUGGUCAAUGUCGGCUCUGGAAUGGCAGAUCUCAUCCUGCUGCCGAUCGAGCAGUACCGCAAGGACGGGCGUGUGGCACGGGGCGUGCAGCGCGGCACCAACUCGUUCCUCAAGUCGACUGCGCUCGAGCUCAUGAAGCUGGGUGCUCGGCUCGCAACCGGCACACAGGUUGUGCUCGAGCGCGCUGAGGGCGUCCUUGGCGGCAAGCCGGGGGACAGUGUGAUUCUAGAAGCGACUGGCCAGGGCAACUCUUCUGAUGACGAGGAGGCGGAGGAGCGAAGUCGGUACGCCAACCAGCCCAACGAUGUGCGCGAGGGUGUGCAGGCUGCGUACAAGAGCCUGUCUAGCAACAUCAACUCUGCAGCGCAGACAAUCCUCGCUGUGCCUAUGGAGGUGUAUGAACGGUCAAGUGAUGACGGACCGCUGACUGCCGUGGUGCGAGCCGUGCCGAUUGCCAUCAUCAAGCCGAUGAUUGGGGCGUCCGAGGCGGUUAGCAAGACGCUGCUGGGGCUGAGAAAUACGCUCGACCCCGAGGGGCGUCGCGAGAUGGGCGACAAGUACAAGUAGUGGUAGCAGUAGUGGUUUGUAACAGCAGCAGCAUUGGGUGUGUGCAUAUUGAUAUCUUUAC